AUGUCUGCACAUGGUAAUAUCAUAGUCAUUACCAUAAUAACAAUGUUGUUGUGCGGUUUGGCUGAUUCAGAGACCUAUACUGUUGGAGAUAAUGGAAGGUGGGAAUUUGGAGUUGGCGACUGGCCAAACGGCAAAUCCUUCAAUAGUGGCGAUGUUCUCGUUUUUAACUACGACCCUAGUGUCCACAAUGUGGUGAUUGUGAGCCAGGAAAACUAUGAUUCUGGCACAGCAUCUGGAACUACACUGAACUCGGGGCACGACAGCGUCACAUUGAGCAGUGAAACUAGCUACUAUAUUUGUGGGGUGAAUGCUCAUUGUCAAGGAGGGAUGAAAAUGGCUGUCACUGCUAGUUGA